AUGACUACGGUUGUGAAUAUAGACUACGUACUGUUGGCUAUUUUGAUUGAAAUACUACUAAAACCCACAAGGGUUUUAUUUUCUCAUAGAAAGGCCGGGGAAAACACUGAACAACUUCGCACAGUAGUCGCAUACCAGAAUCCAUUCACGGGUGAUUACUGCGUGCGCAAGAGUCGCGUCGGUCCCAAAGGUUACGUGAAUCAGCUCCAAGGUCCAGAGUCUCCGGACAGCGGCCUCUCCGACGAGUACGAGCCGCUGCAGCUGGACCCGCAGCUGCCGCCCGCGGCUGUGUCUGAAGGGAUCUUCAGCGAUGGGCCUGAUACAACUGUGAAGUUGCUGAUGGAUCCUCCGGAGGUGCAUAAAUUGUCAUCAUUGCAUGCUGAUAACAGCCUGAAUAAGACAUGGAAUUGGAAUUACAAAGAGUAUCAAAUAUAA